CUGCAUCUUGGGUACAUAACUCCAUGGUGAUGCAGUGAGCCUGUUGUGUAGACUGGAAACCAAAGUAAAGUAAACGGGGGAGGGUCGGCUACGGGGGGGCUUUCAGUGAGUUACAAUGCGUCUUUCAGGGUGUUGAACGGUCUCGGUAAACGAUGAGCCAACUUUGCCGGUCAACACGAAGGGGAAUGAGCCACUCUUGAACCCCGAAAACAAGUCCUUCUUGGCGGGGGAGAGCGAGAAUGCAGAAGCCGAGAGACCUGCUCGCUGUUGUCGGCUUGACUGGGAAAUGGUAGCGUACUGUAGGAACCGCACUUGGAAGGAACAUGGUCGAGAGGAGCAGCAAAUUCUUGUUGAUCGUCGUCGGAUCCGUGUGUUUUAUGCUGAUUCUCUAUCAGUACGUAGCUCCCGGGGUGAUCAAUUUCGGCUCUCCGCACGGUUAUUUUACGGAAGAAGACGAGGGGGACAUCUUCCCCACUCCGGACCCCCACUACGUUAAGAAAUACUACUUCCCCGUCAGAGACCUAGAGAGGACGAUUGAUUUCCAAAUCAAAGGGGAGGACGUGAUUGUGUUUUUGCACAUCCAGAAGACCGGGGGGACUACCUUCGGCAGGCACCUGGUCCAGAAUGUACGUCUGGAGGUCCCCUGCGACUGCAGACCGGGCCAGAAGAAGUGUACCUGCUACCGGCCGAACCGCAAGGAGACCUGGCUCUUCUCCCGGUUCUCCACCGGCUGGAGCUGCGGCUUGCACGCCGACUGGACCGAGCUCACCAACUGUGUGCCAGGGGUCCUCAACAAGAAGGAGAACAAACAGAAAAAUCUAAGGAAGUUCUACUACAUCACUCUGCUAAGGGACCCGGUGUCUCGAUACCUCAGUGAGUGGCGGCACGUGCAGCGGGGAGCCACGUGGAAAACCUCCCUGCACAUGUGCGACGGACGGACCCCUACGCCCGAGGAGCUGCCCUCAUGCUACGAGGGCUCCGACUGGUCGGGGUGCACCCUGCAGCAGUUCAUGGACUGCCCUUACAACCUGGCCAACAACAGACAGGUUCGUAUGUUAGCGGACCUGAGCCUCGUCGGCUGCUACAACAUGUCCACGGUUCCAGAGAAGAAAAGGGCCCAGCUUCUGCUGGAGUCCGCCAAGAAGAACCUCCGAGACAUGGCCUUCUUUGGUCUGACAGAGUACCAGAGGAAAACCCAGUUCCUGUUUGAACGAACCUUCAGGUUGCGCUUCAUCAGGCCUUUCAUGCAGUACAACAGCACCCGAGCUGCAGGGGUGGACCUGGACAACACUACGGUCCAGCGGAUAGAGGAGCUGAAUGAGCUGGACAUGGAGCUGUACGACUACGCCAGGGAUCUGUUCCAGCAGCGCUACCAGUACACCAGGCAGCAGGAGAGGCGGCAGCAGCGCAUCAAGAACCACUUGCAGCAGAGCCACCAGGGCCUGGGCCUGGGCGUCAACCUGUGGCCCUCCCAUGGCCGGCAGAGCUCGGUGUCGACACUGGAGGACGGAGAAGGGGAGAGGGAGGAGGGUGAGGAGGGAGGCAGAACGGAGGAGGCGGGCAGUAGGCUUCCAACUGAGGACUACAUGAACCAGAUCAUCAACCGCUGGUAGCAGCAGAAUGAUACACAGACAUGCAGAUGUGAUGUGAAAAGUACACAAACACACACACGCACACAAACACACAGAUUGGCGCCUGCAUCAAGACCCAAAUUACUGACUAACAGACUUUACUGGAGAGGGGGCCGUGAAUGAGAGUCGCAGUGGUUGUUAUGGAGACCUGGGCUUGGUCGAUUGCAUCAGCUCACAUUAUUGAGGUUUGCCCAGUUGUUAUUAGCACCUGCUUGCCCUCUCCCCCCUCUAAGAUUCUCUCUCUCCUAUCAUCAUUACUGACUGAACAGAGGAGAGAUAUUUUUAAGACUUGCUGACAACCAAGUAUCAUCCAUCUCUCCCGCCUCCCCUCCUCCUCUUCCUCCUCCUCCUCCUCCUCCUCCUACUCUGUCCCUCUUGUUCUCUGUGGCCUCAUAUGGAGCAUGAGAACAUAAAAUUAAGUCUGUGAAUUCCAGCUAACUCUUGCUAAAGGAGCAGUCUACUUCCUGGAUGCUCCAUUUUUAAAAGAACUGGGAAAGCUAUAAAAGUGUGCUAAUGGCUGAGCUGAACAAAGAAAACGGUGGGAGUACAUGAGAGACGGAACUCUAAAGAAGUGAAGAAAAGUUGGACUGAGUUGUGUAAUAAAGCUUUCUGCUAAGAAAAAAAAAAAAAAAUCA